AUGGUCAGCAAUGGUAAUGUUGAGGAUGACAUGCUCGAAGAUGGUGGCGAUGCUGCCACAGAGUUAUCAUUGAAUGCCGAGAGUCAGACAGUGCGAUGCAAGCCAAUGCAACACCAGGUUCGUCAUAAUAGGAAGAUCCAUAAUGUCUCUGGUGAGCUGGCCAAUGACGAGGUCCCUGCCAGUGCAAACCAAGAACCCAGCAGCAGAGUUGAUGCCAGCGAGAACAAUGAUGACUCUGCACACAACCAUGAAAGCAUCGCCGUCAACCGCAAUGGGCACGGGCACCGUGAGGCUGAAGAUGAAGACUGUGAGGCUGAAGGUGAACAGGAGGAGGUCGAGUUUGAUGACCGCAGUGACGGUGCUGCUCGAGGCAAGGAGCGCGAAGCUGAAGGUGAAUGGUGCGAGGCUGAAGGUGAAGGGGAGGAGGCCGAGUUUGAUGACCGUGGUGACGAUGCCGCUCAGGGCGAAGGGACCGUGGAAACUAGCAAGGGUAUCCAUGUCAUCAUCAACAACAUGCCAGAUGACAGAACAUUGAUGAAACGCAAGGCACAAACAACUUUCUCCAGCAAUAUCGGUCACGCGUCCACGCUCUUCGACAAUGACGAUAACAUCGCAAUGCGUGAUGCUCAGAGUGAGGCCACUGGCCUGAUAGAUAGUAUGUUUGGCCUCAAUGUUGUUAAAGUAUAUGCUCACCUUGCCCUGAAUGUUCUCUCAUCAUAUUACUUCAGCAGCGAGGACAAUGAAUCCCACCAAGCGAAGCGGACAAAGCGCAGGACUCACAUGCAUAGAAGUGGUCAGAAUGCUCUGGAUACCGAUGAGAAAGACCUCGACAUCGACGAGGAGCUGCAAGAUGACAUCGUGCCUGAGUCGUUGAUGGUCGAGGAUAAAGAUGGUGAGCAGGACGAAGACAGCAAGCAGGACAAAGACAGUGAGCAGGAUGAAGACGGUGAGCAGGACGAAGACGGCAAGCAGGAUGAAGCUGGUGAGCAGGGUGAAAGCGAGGAGCAGGACAAAAGUGAGGAGCAGGAUGAAGGUAGCAUGCAGGAUGAAGUUGAUGAACAGGAUGAAGGCGGUGCACCGGAUGAAGGCGUCGAGCAAGACAAAGGUGAUGAUGACUUGUGGGAGAACAUACCGGGCCCCUUCUCAACUGCUGCCAAGGAUAAAGUGCUAUGUCUUGGUCAUGAUACGAUGGAGCGGGCCAUGCAGAUUGUGCACAAGUAUGACAAGAAGGUACCCGAUAUACUCGUCCAAGCUGGACUUGGCAUCAAGACUGCACGUGCGCGAACCCUGCCAACAAGUUCUGUACGUGGUACUCGUACCAUCAUCCAAAGGCCCCAGGAGUACAAUAAUGAGAUGAACCUCGCCUAUCAUGAGCUUCUGCAUGGUAUCGACCGCAAAGACCACGCCGCUCAUGCGGUUGCCCUCAGGCCAAUGCUGGAGUACUGUGACAUGCUCAAAAAGAAUUCUGGUGAUGCUUGUCGAUCCCUGAAGUCGGUCACAUCAAGGAUGAUCAAUGCUCACGAUCAGCUCGCGGCGUCGGCAGGAUACUAUCAUAAUCUCGAGGACAUUGAAGUGUUUGAGGCCGUCAUUUAUACCGGAACUGACGCCACAGCAAAACAACUCUCCACCAUCUUCGGUGGUUCUGAUGUAGUCAAGACACUCAUUCGGAAGAACCAAGUUAAUGUACAAUAUUUCCUUGAUGUUGUAAUGACUGAUAUCAAAGCUUUUAGCUAUAGCCAGACAGGACUCAAUGUGCCAAUGCUGCAUGUGAUCAAUGUCAACUGUGGUGACAAGGAAACCAAACAUGAUCGCGAUUGUCACGUGUUCACUGCGAUGAUGCAGUCGAGCAUGCAUAAGUCUCUCCACUUGUUUAUGCGUAUACAUUGGAAGAACUGGGCAAAUGUCACUUACCGCCUCAAGGUUGCAAUCAUUGACUGGCCGAACAGCAUGCAACCUGUCCUGGGUGGCGCGGACUUAGAAUUUAGGGACAUCAAGACCAAACCACUGUGCAUACUCACUGCGAGAUUUAUUGAGCAGCAGCUGACAGGGAAAACAGACCUUCCAAUCCCACGCAUUGUCUCAUGGAGUGAAGCGGAUAUUAAUAUGCCUGAUGCCGACAUCCAUAAGCCCGACAUCAGCCUGGUGGUGGGUGCAAGUGGCACAAAAUACAAAGUUCUUCGUGAUUUUACCGAGUGGCUCAAGUCUGUUGACAUGGCAAAGCUGAACACAUCCAAGGCAAAGCAGAGUAAGAAGGCCUCAAGAGCACCUGCUGCAGAGACAGAGGAGGAGAGUGAUAAGCGCAAGAAUGACAUGAGCGAUGACAUUUCAAUGGAUGACGACAGUUCAAUAGACGAUGACAUUCAUGCACAGCAACUGGAAUGCUCUCGUGGCACUGGUCAAUGUCGUGGUGGAGCAACCUUCCACCCGCAAGCAGAGGCUGAAAGAGAGCGGGUUGGAGGACAAUGCCGAGACAUGUUGAGCUCAGAGAUUGAGAGGCUCACAUCUCAGCAUGGUGGCAACAGUCUCCAUAGCUUCUGGCCUCCUCACCCACUCUUCCUUCAGCGCGGUGGCUCUCAGCUUGACCAUGGCCCUCCUCAGUUCAUGCCCUACCACGAUGACCACAUGGACUGGCAUUUGGCUGUCGACAACACUGGUGCUCAUUCAGGUGCAUACUAUUCAUGUGGAGCAUCUGUCUAUGGUGAUAUCUAUCGCGGAGGCUAUGCAGAACAGAGCCACCAGCGUGAGAAUGCCAUCAUGGGUCCUAGUCGGCAAUAUCGUGGUGAUGACUAUGGUGAUUGA